UGACCAUAGCCAGCUGGUAUUAUCCUAUUAUUAUUAUUAAACCCUUCAGUCUCCCCUAACUUCGUCAGAUUUCAAGAAAAUUAGAAUGACGAUACUUAAUUUCGUGUUUCCUGAUUUAAUAACGUAAUUUUUAUAUUAGGCGUAUAAAGUUUAAAUACGGGACAUUAUAUUAUGACCAACUACUUUUUACUGGCGAAGGCAAAGAACAACCGUCUUUAAUCAACGUCAAAUCAAAAGUUAAAUAUCCCCACGCCUCUUCGACGUCAAAACAAUUUAAAUAGUUCGAAUUUGGAACCUAUGAAGCUAUAUAUAUAUCCACAAACGUUAAUUUACUUUUAAAACGCAGAUAAUCAUCCAAUUGCAUAUACUACUAUAACGUUACUUGUUCUUGUGUGUCGACAGAUAUUGAACAUGUUUUUACUUCAAAGAAACAAAAAGUAUAAGUUGUUACAUUUUGGAGUCUUCGAGUGUGAUGGCCAAGUGCAAGUUUUUUAGUUAUGAGUAUGGAACUAAGGAAGUAACUUGUACAGAUUUAAAGUGUUUAUUUAUGUGUGUCCGUAGAAGACGACACACCCACGUGAAUAGACUUGCUGGCCUCAGACUCAGAGACGGUCGUUUGACAGCAUUUACACCGUGGGCAGUGAGUAGGCCGUCCGAUGUGGCACCCCUACACGUAGUUGGUCGUAUUGUUACGUUCUCUUUCCAGCCCUACACGUAGGUUGCGGUAUUGUUACGUGCUCUGUACAUCAAGUUUUUAAUGGUUCAUCUAACUGAUUCGAUCAUGAUUAAAAAGAGGACCAGGAGGGAGGUAUUGCUGGCUCAGCAGAGAGCAUCAGUAUUGUGGUUGUUGUCAAAGGCUUACAACAAUAAAAUCCCACCAGAUCUUAGGGAACCAUACUACCGAGACCAUGAGGAAGAAGAUCGGUUAAAACCACAAAUUAUCCAGGGUUUGGCUAGUGCAGAACUUUACUGUUUGGCUCUGGCCAACAUAUAUGCUGACCCUAAUUAUCAUAAGUUAGACCAUCAUGGGAUUCAGCAAGCCUUGAUGAGGAAGAUGGUGUAUCUGAUGGAGCCACCUGACACACCACUCACUAAGACAGUCUUACUACAGACAGCACCACUCCGAAUGAAUGCUCAUAUGGCUGUUAUAGAAGGAAUUAUGGCUCUAUAUAUUAAAGAAAUUCUCAUACCAGAGAAAGUAGUAGAAGUCUGUAGUCGGUUUUCCCCAGUCAGUGUUCCUGACGAGUUUCCCGAAGACGCUGAAGACUCUGCUAUCUUGUGGUUAAACAAAUGCUGCUUAAGGAUGAGACAGAGGAUUGAAGAAGAACUUGGCUCAUACCAGAUCUCUUCUAGUCAUUUCAAUUCUUCAGAAAUCUGUCUCCUCGAGCCCAUGAGUUUGGCAGAUUCUCUUUACAAUUUGCAGCUUGUGGAACAGUUCUGUAGGCAAAGCUUUCCCCAUGACAUCUACUUCCUCAGCCUUGAAGACAUGCUCUACAUGCAUUCUUCUAUACGGCAGAAUGUGCUGGCCUUCAUAUCCGAUUUAAUGUUCCUGUUUGAGAUAAGACCUGUAAAAGGUGUUAUUCGACCUGGAAUCAGAGAGGAGCCAAAAAUUCUGAUAGAAGAAAUCUGUCUCCUCGAGCCCAUGAGUUUGGCAGAUUCUCUUUACAAUUUGCAGCUUGUGGAACAGUUCUGUAGGCAAAGCUUUCCUCAUGACAUCUACUUCCUCAGCCUUGAAGACGUGCUCUACAUGCAUUCUUCUAUACGGCAGAAUGUGCUGGCCUUCAUAUCCGAUUUAAUGUUCCUGUUUGAGAUAAGACCUGUAAAAGGUGUUAUUCGACCUGGAAUCAGAGAGGAGCCAAAAAUUCUGAUAGAAGGUCCAGUGGCCCCUUGUGUACGGAUUCGACGAAGCCCACAAGAUUUUAGUAAGAAUAUAAUAGCUCAUCAGUCUUGGAGCAACAUUCCAGGUCUACAGAGCUCGGCUAAUGCCGGAUCAACAGGCAGUCUUCCGGAGCUACACAAAACAUGGAGUAAUGGAGACAGGAUGGUUUUAGAUAGACUUCCCAAGAGAAAGUUGAGUGGGCAAAGAAUUUCAGCACCAGUUGCAACCUCUUCCAUACUACGGACACAGUCAGCUGACUUUAGGCCUCAGCAAGCAUAUAGCAGAGAGGAACCACAGUAUGCUGAUAAAAGAUAUUCUUCAGAUGAGGAUGAUGACUUGGAAGGUUACUAUGAGCGAAAGCCUCUUGGAUAUGAGAAGGGAGAUUUUCGAAGACUACCCUUCACCCUAUCUUCAGGUGGAUUUCGUAGAAAGCUAUUCCCUUAUGAACCUUUGAUGCCAGCCCAACCGAAACUCCCAAAAGAACGAAAUAACAGUGAUACAAAAACUCAAGAAAUGGGAGAAGAACAUAAAGGAGAUGUGAGAAUUUCCUACUCUCCCCAAAGUGAAUUGGAGAAAUAUGUGGAUAGUGAUAAAAAUUAUAUUAGUCAUGCUGACUUUAAUCAUAAACAAUGCAGAUCAAGUGAAACUAACAUAGAUGAGCCCGAAGACAGUAAAGAAAGCAGUGGACUAGAGGAUUAUUAUAACCAGCUUGCCUCUGAAGCAGAAGUCGAAGAGCUGAGAAAAGCACAGACUUGUGAGGAUGACAAUAGGUUUUCAGAAAAUAGAGAUCAGGAUUUUAAACAAGAACUUUCAACUACAAGUUUUGCUCAGUUGUCCAAGUUGAAGGAAAAUCAAGGAAACUCCUUCAAUGUUGUGUACAUGCAGCAAGAAAAAGAAAACAGUGAUGGAGAUAAAAAUACAUUGAAAUCCAGCUUGAUCAAAUCAAAAGAAAAAAGUCUUCCUGAUCAUGAAAAACGAACAACUUUUGCAGCACUUCCUAAUACAACUACUUGGCAGCAACAGCAUAGACAACAACGUCCUGUUCCAGGAAGCUUUUCUCCACAAGGGGACUCUGGUGUCACAACUCCUACUGAAGGCUCAGAAACUACUCUUGCCUCUCAGCUGUCGAAUAUUCGAUUAGCUUUAGAAGACAGGAGAAGAAAAAUUGAACAGGAUAAAAAACGAAUGGAAAUUUUAUGGAAAAAUCAGAGGCAAAGAUUGGGAAAAGCUGCAUUUCUACAAGCUAUUUCCAGGGGUGGCACUGCAACAGCUGGCACUCCAGAUAGUGGUACAGGAAAGGAAGAGGCAUUGGUGGAGACACCAUCUUCAUUAUCAGAGGAUACAAAGUCACAGGUGUCAGGAGAGUUAAGCAGACAAUUAUCUGCUCAGGAACUAGCAGAAGAUGUAGACACUGUGAAGAAAAAAUGGCUGAAUCAAAAUGGAUCAGAAUCAGAAACUACAGAUAUUGGAACUGAUGAAAAUUUGAGCCCAGAAGAUUUCCAAAAGUCAGUUGAACAGAUUAAUAAUAGUUUGACAGAAGUCCAUGCUGAUAUUGCAAAGUUAACUCAACAACAGAAUAUAAAUCAGCAGAUGGACAAUGAAAAAUUCUUUCUUCAUGGUCAGGGGGUAUUCCAACAGCCCCAGCAAAUUGAGCAGAGGCUUCAUCCUGAUCAGGUCCAACAGCAUUUCCAGCAGAGACUACAUCCUGAUCAGGUUCAGCAGCAGUUUCAACUACCUCAACAAAGAUUGCCACCUGAUGAGCUUCAGCAGCCAUUCCAGCAAACUUUCCAACAGGUGCCAGCACAACAAAUGAUGCAUCCAUUUGGUACCAUCAGUCAGCAAAUGAGAAGAGAUCAGUGGGGAAAAGUUGUACAACCUGGUAUGAUUGAUCAGUUAUUUGCCAGUCAGCAACAACCUCAGUGGGGCCAACCCAUGGUGCCAACAAUGCCUCAACAACAGCACUGGCAGUCUCCUCCAAUGGUGAUGCAUGGACAACCUUACAUGGACCAACAGACAACAGGAUUUUCUCUGCACCCACCACAAACCAAUUACCAAUAUCCUAUUUACCAGAAUGGAUUGAGAUCAGAUCAGAACUUUCAACCAUAUAGUGGUAUAUCUGCACAUCCUAUGCACUAUCAAGGAAUGUCCUACACUUGUCCUCCAGCAUCUCUACCUAAUCUACGACAGCAACAACCACAACAGCCAUUCCAACUUCAUGACCAAAUGGUUUCCCAUGGACCCUCUUUCCUUCCAAGGAAUAUGGUGCCCACAACACAGCCAGUGCCAGAACCAGAAAUAAGCAAAUCAAAUGUUCAACAGAAAGAGGUUACACCUUCUAGACCUGAACUUGAUGAUUUUGGUCGGCCAAUUAAAGGUGGUGAAGAACAGCCAUCUUCUCCUCCGAGUAGGCCACAGAUAGGCAAGACUUUUAGGGUUCCUAAACCUAAAGUUGUUUCUCCACCUCCAUCAGAUUUGAACUCUGAGCCUGAAGUAGCUAUUAACGAAAGUGAGCAGCUGCCUACACAACCAAUCAAAAGUGAAGCAGAUGCAGACAAAGGAUUUUAUAUUUCUUUUGACGAUGAUCAGCCCAAAAAACCUAAACCAAAAUUACGACCUCGGGCUCUUAAAUCACAACAACCCAGUUCAAAAGUACAGCCUUUAAAACCUCAGGUAGUCCUGCCUUCCCCUACAGGGAAGGAAUCUGAAGUAUUACCUCCUGCUGUUUCUGGACCUAAAGAAGCACAGGUGUGUGAACCUGUGGAUGAAAAAGACACUUCUGGUGUUGGUUUCGUAAUAGGAGCUGAGUUAGUUCAUCCUGAUCCAAAUUCAGAAACAGAAAUGCAAAAGAAAAAGGAAAUGAUCAUGAUGAUGUCUCUGAAGCGUCGAGCAGAACAAGAAGCAAAACGGAUUGCUAAGGAACAAGAAAAUGCAAAGAAGAAAGAACAAGAAAGGAUAAAGAAAGAAAUGCAAGAAAGAAAGAAAGAAGAAGAAAAGCAAAGGAGAGAAAAAAUUCUUGAACAAUAUAGACAGAGGAAAGCUUUAGAUGAAGCAGAAAAAGAAGGCCUGCCUCUCCCAGGUGGAUCUGGUGGGAUGGGCUUGGGUUCUUCAUUUCGUGACACUCCUAGUAGAAGUGGAACUCUUUCUAAAAGUAAACCCAGGUCAGUAAUGAGCUAUGAGAAAGGUCUGAACCAGGAUGAUGUUGACUCUUUGUAUGGCUACGGUGUUCUUCCAAGAAGGCAAGGUCCUAGCCCCAGUCAUGGCUAUUAUUAUGGUUCUAGGCAUCCAACCUCUCCAAGUCAACCGCCACCUUCACUCCCACCAGGUAUACCAAGUGGCCGUAGUAGAGGAUCGGGUCCUCCGAGCGAUGGGGCAUCUGAUGCUGGCUCAACUUCUUCAUCAGCAUUUACAUCAGAAUUCUCAGGCCCAAAGCUCUUUGUAAAACCCACAGCUAAGUCAAAUAGGGGAAUUAUCAUAAAUGCUAUUAACACGGUACUAGCUGGUGCUGUCAAUUCAGAUACCAAGAAGAAGGUGUUAGAGGCUAUUAACAAUUCUGAGAGCAAACACUUCUUAAUAUUGUUUCGAGACUCUGGUUGCCAGUUCCGAUCCAUCUACUCGUACAACCCAGAUCGAGAAGAAGUUUUAAAACUCUAUGGAACAGGACCUAAGAUCCUCACUGAUCCCAUGAUGAAUGGGUUUUACAAGUAUAACUCAGGAGGAAAGUGUUUUUCUCAAGUGCACACCAAACACUUGACUGUAACUAUUGAUGCCGUGACAAUACACAACAGCAUCUGGCAGGGAAAGAAAGGCAUUCCUCUGAAGAAAGACUUGCUCUAACUGGUGACCACCAAGUGCCAAGGUUCACUUAUGUGAGAUGUUACCAGUGUCUGAUACCAUAAGUAAUUUACUUAGUGAUAUAGGCUUUGUAAAUAAUGAGUCAGAGCUGACAUUCCGUGUACCAGGAUCUUCUACUGACAAUUUUGUGAUUCAGUGCUAUUGCUAACAUUCAGCUUCUGAUUCUUUACUGCUGCAUUCCAUUAGAUAUGGGAUUCUUAAUCUUUUACAUUGUGUAUGUGUCUGAUUAUAGCCAGACUGUGUACUUAAAAAUUGACUUCCUUAUACCAGCACUGAUCACAUGUUUAAAAGUGACCUUGAUUUUUUGCACCUGAGUAUAGACCAGGUACUUUGUGUCAGGUGAAGUUUGACUAAUAUCUAGCUAAGUGGUGCUGUUUUUUUUCAAGUGGGAAGGAAUUUAUUGAUGUGUAUGUGAUAAGUUAAUCUGAGCUAAUCUUUAAAUGGACCAACUUAAGAGACUGUAUGUAUGUGUGUAUAUAUAUAAAUAUAAUCGUUUUCUGAUAGCACCCAACCCUUUCACCUUACCAUAGAUUUAUUUAAGGCUAACCUGGACUCUAUUUUGUUGAUGGAAUAGUAUUUGUUUUCUGUUAGUCCAAAUACUGUUUAGUCACUAAUUUAAACAAGACUUAUCUUUUUUUUUUAGAAUAUUUGGUGUACUUUGCUCAGGAGCUUUUUUCAUGGCUGAAAAUAAAUUGAUUUUUUACUAAAA